GUUCCAGUUUUCGAUAGGUUCCGGUAGCGGUGGUUCGCUCGUGUGCUUAUCGUUAAAAUUUUAAGGUAUUCCAACUAAAAAGACGCAAAACAGUGUACAUCAUUCGUAAUUUAGCCAUGAAUCGAUGUUGUUUCUUGUGAAUACUAGGAAAGUGCAGUAAAAUUAGUGUUUUAUUCUGGUCUUGAUGUAGUUUGACGUAGGUAGUUGACAUAUCAUUUCGCAAGUAGUCUCACGGAGGUGGUUUAUUUGUGUACAAUCUGUUUCUGUGGUAGAUAUCCGCACGGAUUUUAGUGAUUGGUGAUAAGUGUGGUUUGUGUUAUAAUUGAAGGAUCGAGUUUCCUUGGUGUUGUAAAUGAGUAGUGCGUGAUGUGAAGGUGGUGAAGUUAAUCCAGUUAGCGCGUUACGUGUGGUGAGGUACUGGUGUUUGUUUUCGGUUCCUGCGCCGUGAGAGCCAUGCUGGCUCGUUUGUCCCGCUGCGACGUUGAUGCACGACCGGGGGCGAAGCGGGUCGCGCCGCACAUUAGUUUUACUUCAUAAUGGCGAGUGCAGUAACGCGGCAGUUCAGUAUCGCCGCUCAAGAUGUUGCGUCCGGAGUCACCCCUCGCUGACCAUCGCAGCCUCCUGCCGCGCCGCCUGCUGCCCGCCAAGGCACAGAUCGCGCCAGCGGACAAGCGGAAGAACAGAAGAUCUCUAGAACUCAACCCACCCUCAAACGAUCAUACUCCCUACGACUAUUCGAAGCUGCUCAUAUCGAAAACGACCGACUCUUUAAACACAGAAUGCCCGCGCAAAUUGAUAAACAAACAAGACUCGACUGAUAGCUUAAAACGUGCACUGCUAUCUAAGGACGAUAAGAAAUCCAGCAAAGAGCAAGACAAGAAGGGUCAGAUCUCAAAACAAGACUCGAGUGAGAGUUUGAAAAAGGCUUUGCUUUGUCGACAGGACUCUAAUGAGAGUGUGAAAAGAAAAGAUGCUGAGGCGAAGAGGGUUCAGAAAGAUGAAACGAAGAGGGUUAAUGAGAUUAAAAGAGGAAGUGAUAAGAAGGGGUUGUUGGAGACGGAUAUAGAUGAGCCUUUGAAGAGGAUUUACGAGAGGCGGACGGGUUGUGCUCGGCCGACGUUGCCGCCUGUGGCUGAGAAGUCAGCGCCGGCUCCGAACACUCCGAAUGGCAGCCCGAACACGCCGAGCGUGGCGGCCGUGGCUGAGGGGCUCGCGCGAUGGGGCAGCGGCCUGCUGUCCCCGCGCGAGGAGCCCCGGCUGAAGGCUGCCCGGAGCUGGUACGGCUACGGCACGCUCUCCACAGACAGCGAUAAGAUGGGAGCAGGCGCGACUGGGCCUGGCGGGCGAAGGGCCCUGGAGCUGAUCCUGAGCGGGGGGCUCAAGUCCUUGGCAAGGCCCGCGAAGCCGGUCCGUAGGGCAGCUUCCAGGGACUCGGUGCUAUCGCAGCCGCAACCUUUGCUGGAAGGUCUUCGGAAAUGCUCGACGGUCCUCGCACUGACUGACCGCGAGAAGUCCUCGGAGCCGAUUCGAGCUCACAAUAGACUGCGCGCGCCCUCCGUCUGCUCCCGUUGUUCUUCGCUGCUGUCUCUCGCCGGUGCUGGAGGCUCCAGGUAUUCCCUGGACGGCGCUGGUGGUGGCUUUGUGCCGGCCGCCCCCAUCAACUGCAAGCUCUGCUUAGAGGACGCUACGGCUGAUAAAGUGACCCUCAUCUCCGGAUGCGGGUGUUCCUUCUGCACCAAGUGUAUGAAAGCUUACGUGGAGUUCGAAGUGUGCAAUGGUGCAUACGAAGUCUCCUGUCCUGAUGCACGAUGCAGAGUUGGUGCAGCUCUCAACUUGGAGGAGAUAUCGGACCUUGUGGAGCCCGCAGUUAUGGAAAAACAUCUGAAAUUCCGCCUUAAUCAUGAGGUGGCGAUGGACUCGGGUCGCGCGUUCUGCCCACGCGUGGGCUGCGACACGGUGGUGCAUGUGCGUGCUGCCAGUCCUGCACACUGCCCCACCUGCCGGCAUGACUUCUGUUCGCAGUGCAACCAAGAGUGGCACGGCGGCCUAUCUUGCGAGGCAGCGGCCGCGUCUUCAUCCAUGGGCGGCGCGGGCGCACCGCUCCUACCGGACUCGGAGCUCAUCAAACUCUGCCCGAUGUGCCGCGUUCCCAUAGAGAAGGACGAAGGCUGUGCACAGAUGAUGUGUAAGCGGUGCAAGCAUGUCUUCUGCUGGUAUUGUUUGGCGUCACUUGAUGACGAUUUUCUGUUACGCCACUACGACAAAGGGCCGUGCAAGAACAAACUGGGACACUCACGCGCAUCGGUCUUAUGGCAUCGUGCACAGGUGGUAGGCAUAUUCGCUGGCUUCGGACUCCUACUGCUGGUAGCCAGCCCGUUGCUGCUGCUAGCCGCGCCAUGCAUCGUUUGUUGCAAGUGCAGACUCUGCAACCCGAACCACAAGAAUCUCGAGGAGGUAGACGAAAUCGACAGCAUCAGUCCGACACGAGACGACGACGGCGACGACACGCGACCGACACGAUAUCUGUCGGACUGACGGCGCCGUGACGCCCGGUACUAAGCGCGGGAUUCAACACUUACAUGGAAAUAGUGACCGUUUUGUUAAUCGGUUUUGAAAUACUGGGAAAUAGUUUGCACAUACAUUCUGACCGAUUUAAGUAUACUGUAGAAAAAUGGGAAAUUAACUACAGUCCUCAAUAGAUAACUUUGUCCGUCUGAAUUCAGCCAUUGGACACAUGCGUAUGCGUUCAUUAUUAGUGGCCAAUAGAGCGGGAAAUUUAUCUGAUAAGAACUUUAAUCACAUUUUGAUUCUAGCCAGGGCCAGUUUAGGCCAGUGUGGGGCCUCUAGCAAAUUUGGAGUGUUGAGUUAAAGAACUAAACGUCUGACCAGACGAUUGAGGAUGAACAGUGAAUAAAGUUAGGUUGACAGUGCGGGGCCCAUUUUUAGCAAAUGAUGGUAUUUUUAUUGAUGGUAGUCCGACCCUGGUUCUGCCCGGUUAUAAAUAUGGGAUAAAACUAAUACUUUUCAGAAUUCGCAAGCAUUGUCACUACAUGUCUUAUAAACUGAACAAAAGUGCACACAUGCAUUAAUUUUGACAUAAACUGCAGUGUUUCACAAGUGACAGAUAAACAUCUCAAUUGACAUGUCGAAUUUUCUAGAUGAGUGCUCCAUACGUUAGAUUCCAAGAGAAACUUUUAGGUAAUGGUUAAGAUUCUUGUCAUAUUUGAAUUCUGGUUUCCUAUACAUAGGCAGGAAAUACAUAAAUCAUAUUUUGACUUUUAAAUCUGAUGUCAGUGAUGUUGUACAGUAAUACAUGUCGAUAUAUUGUGAUGAUAACGGAUAUAGAUAAUUGUAUCGAUAUUUAAAUCAUUUGGAACAGGUGUUAGCCUCAUUUAUGGCUUGUAAUAAAUUAUUAAAUUAUUGAUUAGCGAUUCAAUUGACGAGAUAUUUCAUAAUUAUUCGUUUAUCAGUGUAUAGUAGAAUUAAAUAAUCACUAACGGCAGAUUUCAAUAACCUUUCUAUUUAUUCGCUUACUAGAAAUAGGAACUAGAUGUUAUCUUGUCAAAUUUCUAUCUCUAGUUAGCAAAACGAUAGCUAGGUUAUUGAAAUCCGCGGUAAGACAGCAACUUUGAUGUUAUUAUGAAAACUUCUUGAAAAUGGAAACCCAAGUUUACUCAAGAUUUGUGUACAGUGACUUCAAGAUAAAUAGAUGUGUAAUAUUGACGAUUUUAAAUGAUAAUAAUUCAUUGAGAAGACUAUGUGAAUCAUGUAGAAUUUUGUCGUGAGGAAAUUGAAAAGUUGUAAAGUUCAUCAAUACUCUUUAGUAGAAGUUUGUUUAUAUAAAAUGGUGUUAUAUAAGAACACUGUUUUAUAUGAAUUAUGGAUACUUUACUCAUUGGUCAAAGAGGUCUCAUUAUUAUUACGGUCCCAAUUUUUUGUGACCGUAUUUUAGAAAGGUAUGUGGACAUUUUACAACUCCUGACAAAGAAAUUUGAUUCGACGAAUCGUUGAUUUAUUAAUAAUUUUAUUAUUGUACAAACAAACUAGUUUUAUGAUACUGAACUUUUGUUUUUUUUUUUGGUGUUGACUGAGACUUAAAGUAAGCGAUAGACUGACGAGUGAGAGUGAUUGUGAAAUGAAGAAAAAAAUAUAAUAUUUAUUUCAGUUUUUUUUAUUAAUAAAAAAAUUAGGACUUCUAUUUCAAAAUAUUCUGUGAGAUAAUUUACCUGUUCAAAAUAGUGAAGGCGUAAUUUCGACAACUGAAAAAGUUUUGGGCUAUUUAGAAAUAAUUUAAAAUCCCGAAAUAUAAAGUAAUUCAUAGUUCUUACUGUAUCAAAUUAAAAUUUUGUAGACCAUAGACCAACCAACCGACAGAUUAACCACUAAUUACUACAUAGACUCUAUUUAAUCAUCCUUGAAAGUUACUUAUGUAGUACAAAAAUAUUAACGUAUUUUAUACUGCCUUGAGAAAACAAGGUAACAGUACUUAUUUCAGUUACUUUUAUAAAGCUACCCUAUUGUUAUUAUCAUUUAAGAGAUCACGUUUGUUUUUCUUUUUUUUAUUAGUUUAUUUUAUCCAUCUUCAAAAAUAUUCAGCUUUUAGUUUUACUUUGACAGUUUCUUCAUAGAUGGGUAAAUACAGAGCAUGGAUUAGGUCUGCAACGGUCAGAAAUCUGACAGAUGGCACAUAGAUUGAUUUUCGCUCCUCAUACUUUAUUUUGUAGCAAAAGAUGUAUUUCAUUUCAAUCUACAGAUUUUUUAUGAUACUUAAAACUAGGCACAUGAAGUUCUCGUACAAAAACAACUCUCUCAGUAAAUUCGAAAUAAAAUAAUAUGUAUACCUUUAUAUUUAUAUAGUUCAUAAAUAUUAUGUGAUUAUAAAUAAAAUAUUGUUAGUGUUAGGUUUAUAAUGCAAUGCAAAUAUUAAAUCAAUAAAAAACGGAGAAAAUGUUGAGAGUAAGUGUAACUGCAAUGCAGUGUGUCUAUGUAUGAAAAGCCUAUAGUUGCAGUUAUUUGCUAUCUCAAAUGAUGGCCGAUAACAAAUAGCUCUUUACACAGUGGCCGAUGUUUGCGCAUUUUUACUUAUUAUUCAUUAAUUACAAGCAUUGGAAGAUCUAUACUUUAUUAGAUCUGUGGUCGGAAGGCACUCUCAUGCCAUUAUUUAGAGCCUUAAUAUGCACACUGCUCCCCGUGACGACGGGACCUUAACAUUAACUUAUUAUAGUACAUUAAAUAUUUAUGACUUUAUUGUAAAUAAGAAAAUAAUAUUGUACUUAAUUUUAUAGUUCGAGGAUCGAUGAUGUCGUUCUUUCAUCUGUAUUGUAUUUAAACAUUGUAAUUAUAUUUUUAACACCGUUCUGUGGGUGUUUUCUAUAGUAUGUGUAAAAUAUCUCUGUAAUAUAAACUGUAUGGCGUUAGUGCCAUUUUUUGUACAGUCAGCAACAUAAGUUGGUUAACACAAGUAAAUAUUGUCGUGAAGUGUUUCAUGUAAUUUCAAAGAAACAUAUGUUAUUUAUUAUUAACUGUUGACCAACUUGCGUAGCUAACUGUACUAUGGAUGUAUGUAUUUUUUUAACUGAUAUUAAGACUCCAUCGGUCCUUUGUAGCUUGUGGUAGCAAGCUAGUAAAAGCAUUUGUAGAAUUAAUCAAAAAUUGUCAGUAGGUGAAUAGAUGUGAUAAGCGACGUGGAUAUUUUACACUUGUAACACUAUCGUGCCCUCGUUUAUUUAGUAAAAAUAUAUAUUAAAAUGAUGUAAUUUUUCUUAUAUAAAACUGAAAAAAUGCGCAAGAUAUUUUCCUUGUUGGAUAUGUAAAUAAAAAUGUGUUGCAAGUGUACAAUAAUCCUAAUGUGUAUCAUUAAGUUGAUUGUAAAAUGAAUUGUCUUUCAAUAUACUAAUGUAUUGUAUAUUGAAAGACUUUCGUUUUAAUUAAUUACUGUCUUAUUGUUUCUGGUAGGUGCAAAUAUAGUUUUAGGAUUUUGGUAGUGAUAUCGGCUGGUCAAAAGAUUGAAUACACAAAUAGUAUACAAUAUUUGCAUUUACCAUUUAUUGCUAAAAAUAUGGCAUAUUGUAAAUAAAAAAAAGAAUUCUAUUUUUUUUGUUAUUAAUUGUACUUCUUUAUUUUUGUGUUGAGACAAGACGACGUAUUUCCGUUACUAUAGUUAUAAAGAAAUAAUAAAGAUUUUUCUGAUAAAUCUUCA